AGAAACUGGUCAGACUGUUCAGAGAAGAAGCAGAAAAAGGUAGACCAUGAGCCAUAUGGAGUAAAAGUAAUCGCUGGCACAGGUGAACACCCACUCGUGGAUUUGACCAUCUGAAAUCACCUGAAAAUCGACUUUACAGGAUCAUACAAAAUUACCAUAAAAUGGUACAGAGUAUAAGGACGACAGAGAAGAAGCUUGACAGAAUCCCUAAUAUACAAGCUACAGCCUUGUUAAACGUCUCCCUCACAUGAAAAUCACUAAGUGCCUCACAAUGUCAUCCAGAGGUGGAGUUCCUCACAACAUCAGUGUCUCUGUACUCCAUGACUUCUUCGGCUCCUUCUCAUCUUUUCCCUCCACCAUCCCUCCAUCUCCGUCCUGCAGCAUAGAUGAGUCCUACAAGUACAUCUUCCUCCCCAUCUGUUACUCUUUCACGUUCAUCUUUAGCAUUUCCCUUAACUCUGUCAUCCUCUACCGUUCCUUCAGCCGGACCAAGCGCUGGAAUGCUUCACUGAUCUACAUGGUCAACCUGGCCUCUACAGACUUCAUGUACGGCCUGUCACUGCCAUUCCUUGUGGCUAGUUACAUCAUGCGUGACCGCUGGGUUUUUGGGGACUUCAUGUGCCGCCUGGUCCGUUUUCUGUUCUACUUUAACCUCUACUGCUCCAUCUUCUUCCUCACUUGCAUCUCUGUCCACAGGUACCUUGGUAUCUGCCACCCAAUGAAAGUCAUCACACUGGAGACCAAGAAGGCUGUCAAGUGCACUUGUGUUCUGGUUUGGAUUGUAGUGUUUGCUUUGACCUGCCCUAUCUUCAGGUUUGCGCAGACUGGUCAUGUGACAAGAUUUGCAGUUCUUGGCAGCAAUGCAAGCAGUAUUGACACCCCCAAGGUGUCAUUGAUAAAGGGUAAUGCUAGCUAUGAUAACUUGGGAGGGGUCAUUGAAGAGUUCCAGAACUGUUGGGACGAUGCCAUAGAUAAAGAGUUUCCUGAUUACAUACCCUAUGGCGUAAUACUCCAUUUGCUUGGCUUUUUUGUGCCUUUUUCAAUAAUUGCUUGGUGUUACUCUCACGUUGUUCUGACCAUAUUUAGGACUCUGCAUUCUCAGCCCUCGUCCCAUAAAGGUCCGAAAGAGGGAGGACAUGAGGGAAUGGAUCGAAGAGAGAGAAGUAGACCUGCAAUAGUUGGAAGAGGGAGAAGAGGAAGCAAUGGACCGUCGAGGGUACUGGGAAGAGAUGAAGGAAUUUCAGUUUUCCUUGGCGCCCGCUCUCCUUAUGCUAAUCGCAGACGUAAAUCUAUUAAGACCAUCAUUACCAUUACCCUUCUCUUUGCUCUGUGUUUCUUCCCCUUUCAUGUAACUAGAACCAUCUUCCUCCUGCUGAAAGUGGCCAAGGGAGUUCCUUGUCACACCAUGACCAUGGUCUCCAUGUGCUAUAAGAUCACAAGGCCACUGGCAUCAUUCAACGCAUGGCUUAAUGCCCUCCUUUACUUCCUGACUAAAGACAAGGGGGGAGGUCACUGCUGCCAGGCAGUAAACACCACCAACCAACAACAUGGUGGAUAUCUGCUGCCACUGAGGAUGAAGGGAAAAGGAGAGGACGCAGAGGAGGGAGGGAUGGAAAACGGAAUUGACAAUAAGGAAAAUAAAGCAUUUAAUAGUCAAUCAUACAUGAACAGAGCAAAAGUCAGAUAUAUAGUUGAAUGAAUGUUUUCAUGAGGAAUGAAAUAAAGAAUUUUAG